UGGCCUUCCAACUGAGUUUUCUCGACUUCUUUUAAUCAUUACGUUUUUUCAAUAUCUUCUCUUGCCUCUUAUAUGCACAAUCCCCAAGUUCCAAACUGAAAAGGAAUAUUUAGAUUCAUAUUGUUUGAAAUGGCUUUCACCUUGAAUAGACAAAUCAUUGGUGGGAUUGUGCCUGCAUUGUUGAAAGUCUCAAUCCUAGUGGAAAUAUGCUUUGCACAGGAUGUUCCUGCUUUUUUUGUUUUCGGGGAUUCCUUGGCUGAUCCUGGAAAUAAUAACUACAUUGUAUCACUAACCAAGGCUAAUUAUAUUCCUAAUGGGAUUGAUUUUGGAAUGCCAACAGGCCGAUUCACAAAUGGAAGAACAAUUGUUGACAUUAUAGGUCAGGAAUUGGGUUUUAAAGACUACCUGCCUCCUUACUUGGCUCCCACUACAGCAGGAGUUGUGAUUCUGCAGGGUGUCAAUUAUGCUUCCGGUGGAGGUGGAAUUCUUAAUGACACUGGAAAGAUCUUUGGAGGUCGAAUCAACUUAGAUGCGCAGAUAGACAAUUUUGCAAACAGCAGGCAAGACAUAAUCUCAAGCAUUGGAGCACCCGAAGCUUUAACAUUGUUUGGAAAAGCAUUUUUCUCUGUUACAAUAGGCUCAAAUGAUUUCCUUGAUAACUACCUGACACCAGUCAUCUCAGCCGUCAAGCAAAAGUUGGUCACCCCAAAUGUAUUUGUUGGUGCCAUGAUUUCAAGAUACAGACUACAACUUAUGAGGCUUUACAAUUUGGGUGCUAGAAAGAUUAUUGUGGCAAAUGUUGGACCUAUAGGGUGUAUACCUUAUCAAAGGGAUAUCAAUCUAUCUACGGGGCCCGACUGUGUUAGUUUUUCAAAUCAGUUGGCUCAAUUAUUCAACGCCGAGCUGAAAUGCCUUAUCACAGACCUCAGCUCUAAUCUUCAGGGAUCAAAAUUUGUCUAUGCAGAUGCUUAUAGCAUCGUAGAAGAUAUCCUGAAAAACUACAUAUCCUAUGGUUUUGAGAAUGCCAAUUCGGCAUGCUGCUAUCUUGUCGGUCGCUUUGGGGGUUUGACGCCCUGUGGUCCUCUCUCAAAAGUUUGUAGUGACAGAUCCAAGUUUGGAAUAUUUCCUUCAUGGGGUCUCUCUCAGAAGCUUUCGCGCAUAAUUGGUCCCAACAAAGCGCGUGAGGUUUCCCUAACAGCAACGCCACUAACUGCAGAAGUAGCUGAGAGGUUGGGCUUUGUCAACUAUGUUGUUGAAGAAGGUGAAUUGUUGAAGAAAGCCAGAGAAACUGGUGAAGGCAUUUUGAAAAAUAAUCAAGACUUGGUGUUGAGGUAUAAAUCAGUCAUAAAUGAUGGCCUCAAGCUGGAUUUGGGUCACGCUCUUGCAUUGGAAAAGGAGAGGGCUCAUGACUAUUACAACGGAAUGACCAAGGAGCAGUUUGAGAAGAUGCAGCAAUUCAUAGCAGGUCGGAGCUCAAAGAAACCUUCUUCAAAGCUGUAGAUUUUCUGAUGUGCACAUCCUCUGUUGCAAAUAACUCCCAAAACGUGGGAAAUUAUGCAAGUUGCCUCUCUUUUAGAUAGCAAUACUGCACAUAUCAGCCUUGGGAUGCUAUUACGUAACAAUGAUGAAGUGAAUCCUUAAUUGCAGUUUCUUUUCCUCCAAAUUCUUGAAACUUCAAAGUUUUUUGUAUCAAUAAAUGUUUGGUCCAAUUUUGAACUUCAAUAUAUAUAUGAUGUGCACAAAGCUGACUUACCCUAUUCAAAAAAUAGGAAAGAAGAAAAAGAAGGCAGUAUAACUCUUUUUAAAGAAGAAAAGAGAUGGUACAACUAUAUAAGUACACGAAUGGUGUUUAUUGUUAAUAAAAUUGUUCAAAUUUACAACUA